AAAUAAAUGAUUCGUUACCUUCCUCUUUAAAACUCGUAUUAGUAGCAAUUAGUCGCAUAAUCACACGACCAACUUUCCCUUAAAAUCAACAGACAGAAAGUGAGUGUUAUAGACUUAUAGUGAGAAAGAGAUAAAGAUAGAAAGAAAAGAGAGAAAAAGAGAGAAUGAGAUUUAGUGAUAUUUUCUGCUCUUCUCCGGCAUCAACCGCCGUACGACAUAGUACACUUCACCACGACGGAAAUGUUACCGGAGGUCGCAGAUCUUUCCAAAGCCACCUCCGGAGCCAAAACCCUAGUAAGAAGAAGGAUAAAACUGUCCCUUGCUUCUCUUCCGAGAUGCCUUUAAUCCCUAUUCCUCGUCACUUGAGCUGUAGAAACUCCUUUGAAUCUCCAAGCGGGUUUCGUCCGAAAAUCGCUUCGGCUCGCGGUAGCGAUGUUCAAAUCCGCCGGAAAAGCUCUGCUGACGUAAGUGACUUGAGGAGAUCAAGGAGUUCUCUGCUAAGCUCAUCGUCCAGGUAUCUUUUAAAAGAUCAUAAGUCUUUGAAAGGUGAUGAUAAGGACCUCUGGUUAUCAUCGGAUCGUUCUAAAGAUUUGAUUCUUUACCGUGACCGCAACGUAACUUCUUCAGCCUCAUCAUCUUCUUCGUCUUCUUCAUCAUCUUUCUCUUCUUCUGUGACCAAUGUUUCAUCGCCGGCUCCAUCCACUGAUGACCAGGUUGUUGUUUUGAGGGUAUCAAUCCAUUGCAAGGGAUGUGAAGGAAAGGUUAGAAAGCAUAUCUCCAAAAUGGAAGGGGUGACGUCAUACACUAUUGAUUUAGCGACAAAGAAGGUGACGGUGGUCGGAAAGAUAACACCCGUCGGACUAGUAGAAAGCAUCUCAAAGGUCAAAUUCGCUCAGCUUUGGCCUUCCUCUUCUUCUCCUCCAUUUCCUCACAUUCCUAAUUAUUCACUCCUCAAAUCUUAAUCUGUUUUCUUGUUAUUAGUUCAAAGGCUAUGGUCAUUAGACAUAUGUCAUGUUGUGAUUCGUAUCAAUGCGACAUUAAUGUGGUGUAGUUUAACAUACAUAUACACACAUGUUUGUAGCAGGUGGUUUUGUUUUUCUCUUUCCGACAACUAAAUUUCAUAUAACAUACAUAACUGCACUUUUGUGAUAUAGUUUUUCAAAUCAAUUCUUUUAAAUUUUUAGGCAUGUACCAUCAUAUUUUUAAAAUUUGGAAGUGUUACAGCAAAAAUUACAAGAUAUACUUUAUUUGUAGUCCUAGAUC